GGUUGCUGUGUAAAUCCGUAACAUUCCUAAAAUUCACAUUAGAGGUGAAAUGGAUAUCCGCCACCAAAACCUAUUUCCUUUUUCAGACUUUCAUAAUUUAUUUUUAAGCUUUAUUGAGAAUUUACUCAUUUACAUGAACUAUUUUUUUUCAUUUGUGCAUGUGGGAUUUGCAAAGGGGUUUCCAUAGACAAUAUUCUACUAUAUUUUUGUUUAUAAAUUUGACAGACGCAUUUCCACAUCCUCGACUUGUGUUUGCGCUUUUUAUGCGAUAAAUUUUAAUAGAAGACCUGUUGCAGUUUGAACAGUACAAUUCUAAACAUAUAUUUAACUACCCCCUAAUCUUGUUAAUUUUCCCUUUGAGAUUCUGAAUAUGACUCUGGGAACAUAUAACAGGCAUCAGGCUGAGAGGAAAAAGCAAGCAGCUCUGGCUGCUGCUUUUCCUCAAGGCAUAAGAUGCCAGAAGUGCUUGGAGUUUGGACACUGGAGCUAUGAGUGCAAGGGCAAACGCAAGAUCCUAGUUCGUCCUUCACGUACACGAAUCAUGCAUAAGAAUCUGAAAGCCAAAGAAGAAGGUCAAUGCAGGUAAAAUGCAAUUUCGUCUUUCAAUAAAGUUC